AUGAUUGGUUAUCUCUGUUCUAGAUUUGUGGUAAAGGAUGCUCAAAAGUAUAAGCCUAUUAUUCCACACUUGAAAUGGAUGAUAAAAUGUUACAUCCUUGAAAUUGUGAAGAUGGAUGUUGAUAUCACAUCUAUUAUGAAGAAGAGCCCUAUUUUGAAACCUAAAGAACAGCCGAAAGAUAUCCAAAAUUUGAAUGUAGGAGUCAUUUGGAAUAAGCAUUGGAGAAUUAUUUACAAAAGAAAGGAAGAUGAAGAUAUCCACAAAUGCAUGUGCUUCUUAAUGGAUAAACACCUGUAUUCUAUGAAUGUACUAAAACUAAUCAUAUCUUUGGCCGAAGCCAACAAAGAAAACUAUGAUGCCGACAUCAAAUGCAUUUCAGAUAUGAUUCGCUGGUACUUGUCUAUUUGA